AUGCCAGACUCGGGUCCCUCCGCUAUCCCUUCUUCUUCACCUCCUGUUGCAACCGCCUCUCCCCCUGCGCCUCCUAUUGCGACUCCGACUCCUGUCCCGAGCCAGACAGAUGUUCCUCCUGCUCCGCCCGAGGUUCAGGUUGAGCCUCCACUAGCUCAACCUUUCACUUCGCAACAGCAUCAAAGCAUGGAGGUCGACCCUUCGCAUCGCCCUUCACCAGCUACUUCACUGCCAGAACCUUCUCAAGUGCCUCCCUCAGCUCCUUCUAGGUCGGCUGCUGGGCCUUCUAGCUCCGCUGCUGGGCCUUCCCAACCGCCACCACCUGUUCCUCUUUAUCAUUAUAUCACUGCUCCUUCUGAGGCUGGGUUACUGUCACGGCGAGAUGUUCCCACCAGCUCCUUGACCAUGAAAGGUCGCUUGGCUACUUUGUGGGAAGAAAGCAUGCAUCAGAUGGAACUUUUGCCACCCCCUGCCCAGAUGAAUAGAUUUUUUGAGCUAUACAUCAAGGUCAACUUCCAUGCUUGUUUACUGCAACUAUUAUCUUCUUCACUCUUAUUAGAUGUUUCUUCUAUAUCCCAGGCCUGUGCCGAGUCCCUGAGGAUAAACCAAUCCUUUCAUGCUGUUUAUCACCAGAAUAAGAUGCUAAGGGACAAGGUGACUGAACUGGAGCUUCAAUUAAAUAAUCCGGCGCAGGCUAGUCAUGCUCUAAGAGCCGAAAUAAAAGAUCUGACCAAAAGGAAGAACCAUCUGGAAGUAUCCUUGGCGAUAGCUAACCACGAUCUUAAAGGCCUCCAGGAAGAAAAAAACCAGGUCGAUGCCAUGCAACAGCAACGCAUGGAUCAACAAACUUUAGAGCAUUAG